UGUCCGCGGUGCUGAAGCCUCUCCUCGUGCCGUCAGCUCACACAGCCAGCAAUCCGCUUACCGAGCGUUCACAUUAAAAAGGCACCUCCGCGUUUCACUUGAUCAUCCUCGACUCUCUUCUCUCUGAGAAUUACUGAUUCAGCAACCCGCGGGCAUCUGGUUCAGAUUUUUGCAGAAAAUCCUCGCCUUGCUUUUUAAAUAUUUCCGCGUGCCUCCAGCUGGAAGUAUUAUUCUUUUUUUGAACACACGGACGGUCUGUUGCAGCGCUGGUAGAGAUGUGCACGAGACCUUCCUGCCAGUUCCAGACUCUCCUCGCGGUGUUGGUGUUUUCCGCCGCCGUCGCCGACACGCACGGCCAAGAUCCAAGAGAAAGCACUGGAAUCAGAAAGAGGACACUGGAGUCAAACAGAGACGUCUUCACGCACGUGUCGACUCUGGAUACGGAGAGGGAGGUCCAUUCCUUCACCACUGCUUCACCCGUGAACGUCCCCAACCACCAUCCUGUCCUCAAGGGGUUGUUGCUCAACAAACAUCUGCUCACAAGGAACUUCCAAGGGGACCAGCACUUUUUCAGGAAGGAUGGCUCUGUAGCUAUGUAUCCCACAAUGCCAGGGUCUGUCUCUGCUCCAGACUCUGGGCACGAUCCCACGCAAAUCGUGCCCCACGAGGACGCACCAGCCUUCUCCGACAUUGCUUCGACUGCUACUGCGGCCGCCACCUCCUCCUCGCUGACCACCUUUUCUGCCACGACAUCACCGCCGCUUGUGUCUUUCCCUCAAAAGAAACCAGGCAAGGAGAAGAUCAAGGGGUUGGACAAAGUGGAGCUAACAACACAUUCCCUCACUACUCAAGUCAUGCUGCAUAGCGAAGCCUCGGGCGGCAAAAACAACCCUGCAGACGGAAUGCAUUUUCCUGUCGCUGCCACCAUUUCUCCCGUUUCAACUAGCGUUGAGAAAGGGGAGGUGGACAAAACAGGACUGAAGAACAAAACAAACCCUGAUCGCCCACUCCCAAAACCAAUUUCAUCCUCUCAAGAAGGAGCUGGUACCCCUACGGCAUCCACAACUGUUAUCACAACGACCACCAUCACCACAAUGCAAACAUCAGAGCCAUGCAGCAUGAAUUUCACUGACCCUGAGGGUAACAUCGAAAUCCUACAGCAACUUGACUCUGGCGUGGAGUGCAACUACUUGAUUACAGUCUACCUUGGAUAUGGCAUUGAGGUUCAGGUCCUGAAUGUGAGCGUGUUGGAGGGAGAGCAGGUGACUGUGGAGGACACAGGGGGUCAAGAACCUUUCAUCCUCGCCAAUGAGUCGGUCCUAAUCAGGGGCCUCGUUCUGCGCAGCUGGAGCAACCAGAUCUCCAUCCGUCUCCGUAGCGACCAACGGCUCAACUCAGGAUUCCUCCUGCUUCAUUAUCAAGCUUUUGUCCUCAGCUGUGCAUUUCCCAAAGAGCCUUCUGGGGGAGAAGUUUCUGUGACACACCUCCAUGCUGGUGGAGAAGCUUACUUCACAUGUCUGACUGGAUACAAGCUGCAAGGUCCCAAAACGCUAACCUGUCGCAACGCAACCACACCCUACUGGAGUGGGAAAGAGCCCAUAUGUGUGGCUUCCUGUGGGGGAAUGAUAAAAAAUGCCACUUAUGGUCGCAUCGUCUCUCCUGGUUUCCCCGGCAACUACAGCAACAAUCUGACCUGCCACUGGGUUUUGGAGGCUCCUGAAGGGCAUCGGCUUCACAUUCACUUUGAGAAAGUUGCUCUGGCAGAAGAUGAUGACAGAUUGUUAAUUAAAAAUGGCAACAACAUCGACUCUCCUCCAAUAUAUGACUCCUUUGAGGUGGAAUAUUUGCCCAAUGAAGGGGUUCUCAGUACAGGACGUUACCUCUUUGUCGAGUUCACCACAGACGGAUCCAUGACUUCCACUGGAGCAGCCAUCCGAUAUGAAGCUUUUGCGAAAGGCAUGUGCUACGAGCCCUUCGUGAAGUACGGCAACUUCAGCAGCAGCGACUCCAGCUACGGUUUGGGAGUGGUGGUUGAAUUCUCAUGCGACCCCGGCUACACGCUCGAGCAGGGAUCUGUAGUGAUCGAGUGCGUGGACACUGAAAACCCGCAGUGGAAUGAGACAGAACCAGCCUGCAGGGCUGUGUGCAGCGGGGAAAUCACAGACUCGGCUGGUGUGGUGUUGUCUCCUAAUUGGCCCGAGGCCUAUGACAAGGGGCAGGACUGCAUCUGGGGUGUCCAUGUGGAAGAGGACAAAAGGAUCAUGCUUGACAUCCAAGUACUCAAUUUGGGUAAGAACGACCAGCUGACCUUCUACGACGGCGAUGAUCUGACAGCCAACAUCCUGGGCCAGUACAGCGGAACGCGGCCGCACUUCAAGCUCUACACGUCGAUGGCGGACGUCACUAUUCAGUUUCAGUCAGACCCCGCCACCAACAUCUACGGAUACAACAAUGGCUUUGUCGUUCACUUCUUUGAGGUGCCAAGGAAUGACACAUGUCCAGAACUGCCAGAGAUCCCCAAUGGCUGGAAGAGUACGUCCCACCCAGACCUGAUCCACGGCACCGUUGUCACCUACCAGUGUUACCCCGGCUUCACUCUGACAGGCUCCGAGAUCCUCAUGUGCCAGUGGGAUCUCACCUGGAGCGGGGACGUGCCAAGAUGUGAAGAAGUUUUGACAUGUAAGGAUCCUGGAAACGUGGAGCACAGUCGUAAAGUGAUCACUGGCAGCCGCUUUGCUGUUGGCUCAACCCUGCAGUUCAUCUGCAACAAAGGCUACGUCCUGUCCGGCUCCAGCCUUCUCACCUGCUACAACAGAGAUUCGGCCGUGCCCAAAUGGAGCGACAGGCUGCCCAAGUGUGUCCCUGAGAAGUACGAGCCCUGCAGGAACCCUGGCGCUGCGUCUACAAGUGUGCAAAAACCUGAAAAGGCCUUUUACCAAGCAGGAGAGACUCUGUCCUACUCCUGCCCCGCUGGCUUUGAGCUGCAGGGAGGGGGCAACAUCUACUGCGUCCCUGGACACCCGUCACAGUGGAAUAACACACCUCCCUCCUGCAAAGCAUCUUCAGCACAAUACCUGAAUGAGCGCAGACUUGACGCUGUUAAUAUGGAUUACGCUAUGGAGGGAACCAAUAUAACCCUUGCAGUUUUAAUUCCAACGGCAAUCAUCCUGGUGAUUGUUAUUGGGAUUUAUAUCUACUUUGCAAAGCUCCAAGGAAAGUCUUUCAGAAUGCAAACAUCCUCCCCGCCGUACGACAACAUGACAGAGGAGUCAGCGUUUGACAACCCUAUAUACGAGAGCGGACACUGGCAAACCCGUUGUAGAUAUUAAAGCAGUAUUUCUGCUAUGGUGCCACUGCAGUACAAAUAUAAGGAGAAAUGAAAAAGAUUAUGAGGUGUCCAUUUAAAGCCCUUAAAAACAAGACUUGCUCAAGCUUUGCCUUUUGGAACCCUCUCUGCACUUCUCAACAUUAUUUUCUCCAUCUCCUAUUGUUAGUUAAUUUAAUUUUCUCCUCCGUUUGUAUUUGUGUAAAUAUCUCUUUCUUUCCACGGUCAAAUCUGUGAAUCUGUGCAACACCGUGGUGAUAUUUUUAUAAAGUCACAUGCUGAUGACUAUUGGUGAUUGUAUGUUUUUGAAUACAUCUUGAUGGCUGAAGCCAGGAGGAUGUGAAGACUGAGGGAAGGGAUCUGAGGGAAAUGCUGUUUGAAUUUUUCAACCUCCCAUCAUCCUUUGGAGAAAUUGGUUUGUUUGUUUGUUUUCUCUGCGUGCGUAUGGGACUGCUAUUUGUAAAUAAACUGCCUGUCCAAUAUGAGUGCCUCACGACUGACUAUAAACGGAGAAAUCACGUGUGAAAAUGUUUCUAACUUAUUGCUUUGUCAUUUUUAGAUUUUAGGCUGUACCAUUGUUAUGCUCCCUCCAUCAUUUAUUGUCUUUACCUCAUAAAUGUUUUCCCACCAGCUGAUGUGUGGCUCCAUAUGACCUCACUUUUUUAUUUUAUUUUAUUUUUUAUUUUGCUUAGGACAUAAUAAUUAUGAAUAUCAUGUCACACUAUAAAGCCUGCUUCGACGUUUUAUUUAUACCUUCAUUUGUUCCAGAUUGUGGUUGUGCAUCAUUAGGAGAUCCAGAAAUAAGUCCCGAGUUCCCCGAGGAUCAGCUGACAGGAUUUAAUAUACUGAUGUGGGUUGUUGAAUCAAGCAUCAGCAUAACUAUGUUACGAGACUAUUUUAAUCAUGCAGUGUGUAAAAUAAAUACAUACAAAACCAGCA